GUGCAACUGCAGCCUGGGGAACUUUAUCCUUCUCUCUACCUGCAUUCUUCUCUCUCUUAGGGUUUCUUCUUCUCUGACUGCAACUCACUUCGUUAGCUCUCAUUUUUAAGCUCUCUGCCUUACAGGCAAACGAAUUGUCGCUGCAUUUUAACUAAAGAAUGUAACGCUUUUCUGGGUGCAGAUGGUGGAGUCAGGGGCUUAGCUUUCAAGUCAUUUUAGUUGUGGGUGGAGCAGGGUGUUGCGGAUUCUGGGUGUUUGCUCCAAGUUCGAGAAAAUGUCGUCGCGGGCGGGGCCUUCGGAGCAGCCGCCACAGCCUCAGAGGCGGAUCAUGCGGACCCAAACUGCUGGGAACCUCGGCGAGUCGAUAUUUGAUAGUGAGGUUGUGCCUUCAUCUCUUGUAGAAAUUGCGCCUAUUCUUCGUGUUGCCAAUGAAGUUGAAAAGACCCAUCCAAGAGUUGCUUAUCUCUGUCGGUUUUAUGCGUUUGAGAAAGCUCAUAGGUUGGACCCCACAUCAAGUGGUCGAGGUGUUCGCCAAUUCAAGACUGCUCUUCUUCAGCGUCUUGAAAGAGAAAAUGAUCCAACAUUGAAAGGGAGAGUAAAGAAAAGUGAUGCUCGUGAGAUGCAGAGUUUUUACCAGCAUUACUAUAAAAAAUAUAUCCAGGCUUUACAAAAUGCUGCUGAUAAAGCUGAUCGUGCUCAGCUUACCAAGGCAUAUCAGACAGCUAAUGUUCUGUUUGAAGUUUUAAAGGCUGUCAACAUGACGCAAUCCAUGGAAGUUGAUCGUGAGAUUUUGGAGACUCAAGAUAAAGUUGCUGAGAAGACCGAGAUCUUAGUUCCUUACAAUAUUCUUCCUCUCGAUCCUGACAGUGCAAAUCAGGCAAUAAUGAGAUUUCCUGAGAUUCAAGCUGCUGCGUUUGCACUUCGUAACACUAGGGGCCUUCCCUGGCCCAAGGACUACAAGAAAAAGAAGGAUGAGGACAUUCUGGAUUGGCUUGGGGCAAUGUUUGGAUUUCAGAAACACAAUGUUGCAAAUCAGAGAGAGCACUUGAUCUUGCUACUAGCAAAUGUGCACAUAAGACAGUUUCCAAAGCCUGAUCAACAACCAAAGCUGGAUGACCGUGCGCUGACAGAUGUGAUGAAAAAGCUCUUCAAAAACUACAAAAAGUGGUGCAAGUAUUUGGGUCGUAAAAGUAGCCUUUGGCUACCAACCAUACAGCAAGAAGUCCAACAGCGCAAACUGUUGUACAUGGGUCUGUAUCUUUUGAUAUGGGGUGAAGCUGCCAACUUACGAUUCAUGCCAGAAUGCCUUUGCUAUAUCUAUCACCAUAUGGCUUUUGAGCUGUAUGGCAUGCUUGCUGGCAAUGUUAGUCCAAUGACGGGAGAAAAUGUCAAGCCAGCAUAUGGAGGUGAAGAUGAAGCUUUCUUGAAGAAAGUUGUCACUCCUAUCUAUAAUGUGAUUGCUGAGGAAGCUAAACGAAGCCAAAAAGGGAGGUCAAAGCAUUCACAAUGGAGGAACUAUGAUGAUUUAAAUGAAUAUUUCUGGUCAGUUGAUUGUUUCCGGCUGGGAUGGCCUAUGCGUGCUGAUGCUGAUUUCUUUUCUCUGCCAGAUGAGCCACUUUCUUUUGACAAGUCGAAUGAUAAUAAGCCACCUAGCAGGGACAGAUGGGUUGGAAAGGUCAAUUUUGUUGAGAUCAGGUCAUUUUGGCAUGGUUUCAGAAGCUUUGACAGGAUGUGGAGUUUUUUUAUUCUAUGCUUGCAGGCUAUGAUUAUUGUUGCUUGGAAUGGCAAUGGUGAUCCAAGUGUAAUCUUUGAGGGGGAUGUGUUCAAGAAAGUGUUGAGUGUGUUCAUAACAGCAGCUAUAUUAAAGCUUGGGCAAGCAAUUUUGGAUGUAAUCCUCAGUUGGAAGGCACAACGGAGCAUGUCAAUCCAUGUCAAGUUAAGAUAUAUUCUGAAAGUUUUAUCUGCUGCAGCCUGGGUGAUUGUCCUAUCAGUUACUUAUGCCUAUACUUGGGAUAAUCCUCCUGGGUUUGCUCAAACCAUCCAAAGUUGGUUUGGAAGCAAUUCAAGUUCACCGUCACUGUUUAUUUUGGCUGUUGUUGCUUACCUGUCACCCAAUAUGCUUGCUGCUGUAUUGUUUCUGUUCCCAUUCAUUCGUCGGUUUCUUGAGAGAUCAAACUAUAAGAUUGUGAUGCUAAUGAUGUGGUGGUCACAGCCUCGUCUGUAUGUUGGUAGAGGAAUGCAUGAGAGCACAUUCUCACUUUUCAAGUAUACUAUGUUUUGGGUCCUCCUUAUCAUUACAAAGUUGGCUUUCAGUUACUAUAUAGAGAUAAAACCUUUGGUGCAACCGACAAAAGAUAUAAUGAGGGUUAGAAUUACAAAGUUCCAGUGGCAUGAAUUCUUUCCUCGUGCCAGGAACAAUAUUGGUGUUGUAAUUGCCCUUUGGGCUCCAAUUAUUCUGGUAUACUUCAUGGAUACCCAAAUUUGGUAUGCAAUAUUCUCUACCUUAUUUGGUGGUAUUUAUGGUGCUUUCCGUCGCCUCGGAGAGAUAAGAACAUUAGGAAUGCUUAGAUCUCGUUUCCAAUCAUUGCCUGGUGCCUUCAAUGCUUGCCUGAUCCCUGAGGAAAAGAAUGAGCCAAGGAAGAAGGGAUUGAAGGCCACAUUAUCUCGCCGAUUUGCUGAUAUCCCAUCAAACAAAGAAAAAGAAGCUGCAAGGUUUGCUCAGUUGUGGAACCAAAUAAUCACAAGCUUUAGAGAGGAAGAUCUUAUCAGUGAUAGGGAAAUGGACCUUUUGCUUGUACCUUAUUGGGCUGACCGGGAGUUGGAUCUUAUACAAUGGCCUCCAUUUUUACUUGCCAGCAAGAUCCCUAUUGCAUUAGAUAUGGCUAAGGACAGCAAUGGAAAGGAUCGAGAGCUGAAAAAAAGAAUUGAGGCUGACAACUAUAUGUCCUGUGCUGUCCGUGAGUGUUAUGCUUCAUUUAAGAGCAUUAUUAAGUUCUUGGUUCAAGGCGAACAAGAGAAAGAGGUAAUAGAAAAAUUGUUCACCGAAGUUGACAGUCACAUAGAUGCGGGUGACCUUAUAAGUGAAUUCAGGAUGAGUGCUCUUCCUAGCCUAUAUCAGCAGUUUGUCGAGCUAAUCAAAUAUUUGUUAAAUAAUAAUCCCAAUGAAAGGGAUCAAGUUGUGAUUCUAUUCCAGGACAUGCUGGAGGUAGUCACAAGAGAUAUUAUGAUGGAGGAUCACAUAUUCAGUGUAGUAGAUUCAAUCCAUGGUGGAUCUGGGCAUGAAGGGUUGCUUCCCCUUGAGCGACAAGACCAGCAGUUAUUUGCCUCUGAAGGAGCUAUUAGGUUUCCAAUUGAACCAGUUACUGAAGCAUGGACAGAAAAGAUUAAACGACUUUACUUGCUGCUUACCACAAAAGAAUCUGCCAUGGAUGUGCCAUCUAACUUAGAAGCAAGAAGACGUAUUUCUUUCUUCUCAAAUUCCCUCUUUAUGGACAUGCCUCCAGCACCCAAAGUUCGGAAUAUGCUUUCAUUCUCGGUUUUAACACCAUAUUACACAGAGGAGGUUCUAUUCUCCUUGCGUGAGUUGGAAUCACCUAAUGAAGAUGGUGUUUCAAUACUCUUCUACUUGCAAAAGAUUUUUCCAGAUGAGUGGAACAACUUUCUUCUGCGAGUUAAAUGCUCCAGUGAGGAGGAACUUAAAGGCAAUGAUGAGUUAGAAGAAGAACUUCGACUUUGGGCGUCAUACAGGGGCCAAACUCUGACUAGAACUGUGAGAGGCAUGAUGUACUACAGAAAAGCUUUGGAGCUUCAGGCUUUCCUUGAUAUGGCCAAAGAUGAAGAUUUAAUGGAAGGGUAUAAAGCCUUAGGAAGUUUGGAUGAUAACUCAAGGGGGGAAAGAUCCCUGUGGACACAGUGUCAGGCAGUAGCUGAUAUGAAAUUUACAUACGUGGUAUCCUGCCAACAAUAUGGCAUUGACAAGCGAUCUGGUGCUGCUCGUGCACAGGACAUAUUGAGGCUCAUGACAACAUAUCCUUCUCUUCGAGUGGCCUAUAUUGAUGAAGUAGAAGAACCUAGCAAAGAAAGACCAAAAAAGAUCAACAAGGUUUAUUACUCUUGCUUGGUAAAGGCUAUGCCAAAAUCUAGCAGUCCGUCUGAGCCUGCUCAAUAUUUGGACCAGGUCAUAUAUAAAAUUAAGCUUCCUGGGCCAGCUAUUUUGGGUGAGGGGAAGCCUGAAAAUCAAAAUCAUGCCAUCAUUUUUACACGUGGUGAAGGCUUACAAACAAUAGAUAUGAACCAGGAUAACUAUAUGGAGGAAGCUUUGAAGAUGAGAAAUCUGCUGCAAGAGUUUCUUAAGAAGCAUGAUGGCGUGAGAUACCCAAGUAUUCUUGGGCUUAGGGAGCAUAUAUUCACUGGAAGUGUUUCUUCUCUUGCAUGGUUCAUGUCAAAUCAGGAGACCAGUUUUGUGACCAUUGGUCAAAGGUUACUGGCUAAUCCUCUGAAAGUUCGCUUCCAUUAUGGUCAUCCUGACAUCUUUGAUAGGCUCUUCCACCUUACAAGAGGUGGUGUCAGCAAAGCCUCCAAAGUUAUCAAUUUGAGUGAAGAUAUUUUUGCUGGUUUCAACUCUACCCUCCGUGAGGGAAAUGUUACGCACCAUGAGUACAUACAAGUUGGGAAGGGAAGAGAUGUUGGUCUCAAUCAGAUUUCCAUGUUUGAAGCCAAGAUUGCUAAUGGCAAUGGAGAGCAAACACUAAGUCGAGAUGUAUACCGACUUGGGCACCGCUUUGACUUUUUCAGAAUGUUGUCUUGUUAUUUCACUACAAUUGGUUUCUACUUCAGUACUCUUAUUACUGUUCUCACUGUAUAUGUAUUCCUCUAUGGUCGCCUUUAUCUUGUUCUAAGUGGACUUGAAGAAGGUUUAAGUACACAGAAAGCCAUUCGAGACAAUAAGCCUCUUCAAGUAGCUCUUGCCUCUCAGUCAUUUGUUCAGAUUGGUUUUCUAAUGGCCUUGCCGAUGCUAAUGGAGAUUGGCCUGGAAAGAGGUUUCCGAACUGCGCUAAGUGAGUUUAUAUUGAUGCAGUUACAACUAGCCCCAGUGUUCUUCACAUUCUCUCUUGGGACAAAAACUCAUUAUUAUGGAAGGACAUUACUUCAUGGAGGUGCAAAAUAUCGGCCCACAGGACGUGGGUUUGUGGUUUUCCAUGCCAAAUUUGCUGACAACUAUAGACUUUACUCCCGUAGCCACUUUGUCAAGGGUAUUGAACUCAUGAUUUUGCUUAUUGUGUAUGAAAUUUUUGGUACUUCUUAUAGGAGUGCUGUUGCCUAUAUCCUCAUCACCAUAUCUAUGUGGUUUAUGGUGGGAACUUGGCUUUUUGCACCCUUCUUGUUUAAUCCGUCCGGCUUUGAGUGGCAAAAAAUUGUGGAUGAUUGGACUGAUUGGAAUAAAUGGAUUAGCAACAUCGGAGGUAUAGGGGUACCUCCGGAAAAAAGUUGGGAAUCUUGGUGGGAAGAGGAACAGGAGCAUCUUAAAUAUUCUGGCAAGCGGGGCAUCAUUGUUGAAAUCUUGUUAUCUUUACGAUUUUUUAUCUAUCAGUAUGGCCUCGUAUAUCACCUACAUAUUACGAGGCAAUGGCAUACAAAAAGUUUUCUGGUUUAUGGCCUGUCAUGGUUGGUGAUCUUUCUAAUCUUAUUCGUGAUGAAGACUGUGUCUGUUGGGAGACGGAAGUUCAGUGCAAAUUUUCAACUUGUCUUCCGGCUAAUCAAGGGAAUGAUAUUCCUCACAUUUGUCUCAAUUCUGGUCACUUUGAUUGCACUUCCUCAUAUGACAUUACAAGACAUUUUUGUGUGCAUUCUUGCUUUCAUGCCAACUGGUUGGGGAAUGCUUCAGAUUGCACAGGCAUUGAAGCCUCUUGUUCGGCGAGCGGGAUUCUGGGGAUCUGUGAAAACACUCGCUCGUGGUUACGAAAUAGUGAUGGGUUUGCUCUUGUUCACUCCAGUGGCAUUCCUGGCGUGGUUUCCUUUUGUUUCAGAAUUUCAGACUCGAAUGUUGUUCAACCAAGCAUUCAGUAGAGGUCUGCAGAUUUCACGCAUUCUUGGUGGCCAAAGGAAGGAGCGGUCUUCGCGCAACAAGGAGUAGUUUUCCUAAUUACUUCAACCUCUUUCUCUAGCAUGUUGUAAUGAGUAGAUAUAACCAUGGAUGAUAGAUUUUGCCCUCUGCUUUUGGGUUUUGUGGAGUUGUAUUAUUACAACCAGGUUAUUCCAAUCUAAA